AUGAGAUCUGUGGUGAGAGCUGUCAACCAUCCGAUUGAAAUCGGACAAUAUUACCACGGUGAGGAUCGUUACCGCUCUGGCCGGUUCAGGACGAGGUGGCACGGCUGGUGCUCCUGGGUUAGGGCAGAUCAUAGGAGGCUGUGGGCUGCGCGUUUUUUGGGUUCUGGGGUUUUCGUUGCCGUGUGUUUGGGCAGGUUUGAGACUAUUCCCUACUCAAAACGAAACCACUUUGUGAUUUUGAGAAGAGAGUGGGAGAAGAUGCUGGGGGAGUACACAUUUGAGGAGAUGAAAAAAGAGAAGACUACAGGCAGCAUAUUGUCUGAUAGAUACUUGCAAACCAGGCGUGUUAGGCGCAUUGCCAAUGAAAUAACUCAGGCAUUGAUGAGAGGUAUAAGUAGGGAGGAUAAAGAGAAGGGGCGUCGGUGGUGGCGAGGCUCUAGAGUCGCCACUUCGCAUUUGGAUGGUUUGAAGUGGGAGAUCUAUGUAGUGGAUCAGCCUAUUAUCAAUGCAUGUUGCUUGCCCGGCGGCAAGAUUGUGGUCUUCACAGGGUUGCUUAGGCAUUUUAAAAGUGAUGAGGAGAUAGCUACGAUACUUGGUCAUGAGUUUGGGCAUGCUGUGGCUCGACAUACUGCAGAGACCAUUACAAACUACAUGUGGCUUGUAAUCCUGCAACUGAUUUUCUUUCAAUUUUUUAGCGGUGCGGUUGCUGCACACUCAUUCGACAAAUUGUCAAACCUUUUAUUUAGUCUUCCUUUUUCCCGAAGGAUGGAAAUGGAGGCGGAUCACAUUGGGCUGUUGUUGCUUGCUUCUGCCGGGUAUGAUCCUAGGGUUGCUCCAGGUGUGUACCAGAAGCUUAAGCUUGCUGGUGAAACUCCAAACCAGAAAGAUUAUCUUUCUACCCAUCCAACCGGGAAAAAGAGAGCUGAAAAGCUGGCUGAAGCUAACGUCAUGAAAGAAGCACUCUCUAUAUACCAGGAUGUACAAGCAGCACGUGGGGGCCGUAGAGGUUUUCUUCGAAGAUGA